AUGUGGCGUAUUCGUGAGGUGGGAUCUCGGCUCUCUAAAGCUGUAAAAGUGCAGUUGAUAUCAAGGUACAGCAUCUCAUUCACUGCAGCAAGGUGCAAUGAAGUUGAACUAACAAGUAUUCGAUACCCUUACGUCAAGAGAGGACAGUAUUCACAGGUACGAGCUUACUCAUACUGCCUUGAAAUCUGGUCUUUAGUCUUCCUCUUCUCCCUUUCUAUUUGGUUAAAAUUCAUGGAUUUCUCGUGAAAGAUUAUGAUUAUUAUUGUUGUUGUUUUUGUUGUUGUAGUUAUUAUUAUUAUUAUUAUUAUUAUUAUUAUUAUUAUUAUUUAAUGAUAAUAAAAAUAAUAAUUCUAUUAUUAUCAGUAUUCAAACCUUAAUUUAGUCCAAUGAGAAAGAUUCUAGUAGGUGACCCAUAAUUGACUAUCAGCACUAUACCAGCAGUAACCGGGAUUCUGUAAACAAUGAACAAAAUUAGCAUUAUUUUUGUAGGUCACAGAUGAAGAUAUAAAAGUUUUUGAAGGUUUAUUACCUUCUAGAGUAGUAACAGAUACAGAAGAAAUAACGGCCUACAAUGUAGACUGGCUUAAAAUGGUCAGGUAUGUCUGAUAUUUAAAUGACAAGCAAAACAUCUUUUUCUGCUAUAAAAUCCACAAGAACAAUAGAAAGGAAUGUUGCUACUGCAAUGCUGAAUGCCAAAUAGGUGUAACUUGAGCUAUAGGCAACUAUAAUUUAACUAAUGGUUUUAGUCUAUUAUCCCUCUCAGAUGUAAAAAUAAUACUAUCCUAUAAAAGUGUAAAGUGCAUGAUAUUAAAAAAUAUCUUGUGAUAAACAACUUUGCUUUCCUUUGUGAUUUAGAACUACAAAAUCAAAAAGCUUAUUUAAUAACCGUAUUUUCCUUUUCCAGAGGAGCCAGUAAAGUACUCCUUAGACCACAAACUACCCAAGAAGUUGCAGAAAUUUUAGCAUAUUGUAAUUCAAGGAGGUUA